AGCCCCCAGGAGCUGCAGCAGGGAGUUGGGCCCUGCAGGGCUGUGCCAGCAGGACGGGAGGCUCAGGAUGGGCGCAGAAGGACUCCGAUGCCCUCAGGUGCUGUGGCUCCUCCUCUGGGUGCAGCCGUGCAGAGGGGCAGCAGAGCUGGGCUGUGGGUCAGCAAUCAGUGCUGAAUGGAACGAAGGUGUUGUGCCAGGAUCUGGCCCCAUUUGGAUGGAUGAGGUCCAGUGUCAAGGCACUGAAUCUGCCCUGUCUGACUGCAAACACGAUGGAUGGGGUGAACAUGACUGUAGUCACGGUGAGGACGCUGGAGCUACAUGUACAGGAUUUGUCCGUCUGGUCGGAGGGGACAGCCGCUGCUCAGGACGAGUGGAGAUCCAUGAUGGGGAUGGGUGGAAAUCUGUCUGUGACUCACACUUUGGUCCCAAAGCUGCUGAUGUGGUCUGCAGAGAUCUUCAGUGUGGCACAGCCCUGCCCGUCCCCACAGCAAGUCCCUUUGGAGAAGGGACCGGUGCCAUCUGGGACAGAGAGCUGCAGUGCGUGGGGAACGAAUCCAGACUCUCCUCCUGCCCCACGGGGACCCCUCGGGUCCAGCCCUGCGUCCAGACAAGCAUUGCUGCUGUCACCUGCACACGGUUCAGGCUGGUGAAUGGCAGCAUGGCGUGCGUGGGCAGGGUGGAAGUGGAGGUGCAGGGAACAUGGGGCAGCCUUUGUGCCUCCCGCUGGGACCUGAUGGACGCCCAUGUUCUCUGUCGGCACCUGGCCUGCGGGUUCGCGGUGUCCGUUCCCGAAGGAGGGCAUUUUGGGAGAGGAACUGGCCCCGUGUGGAAUGACUGGUUCCACUGCAAGGGGACUGAGAGCAGCCCGGAUCAGUGCCCGGUGACCGCCCUGGGGGCCUCUCCGUGCUCCCACGAGAACGACGCUGCCGUCAUUUGCUCAGGCCCGCCUCACAACGCAUCUCUAAGGCUGGUGGGUGGAGGGAGCCGGUGCGACGGGCGCGUGGAGAUCUUGCAGCGCGGGACGUGGGGCAGAGUCCUGGAUGAUCAGUGGGGCAUGGAGGACGCCGGCGUGGUGUGCCGGCAGCUGCGCUGCAAGGAGGCAGAGACAGCCUACAUUGUGCCAAGGGCCGAGCGAGGGACGGGCCCCGUGGGGCUGCGCGGGGUGCGGUGUGCCGGCCACGAGGCCGGCCUGAGCCUCUGUGACGCCUCCCCACGCCGGGCCGCGGGCAUCAUGGAGGACGUGGGGGUCGUGUGCCGGGGGAGCCGCCAGGUCCGGCUGGUGGACGGGGCCGGGCGAUGUGCAGGGAGAGUGGAGAUCUACUACCAGGGACGGUGGGGCACGGUCUGCGACGAUGCCUGGGACACGGCCGACGCCAACGUGGUUUGCCGCCAGCUGAGCUGCGGAUGGGCCGUGGAGGCGGCCAGCUCGGCUCGCUUUGGGGAGGGCUCCGGGCACAUCUGGCUGGAUGGCGUGAACUGCUCUGGGGACGAAUCUGCUCUCUGGAACUGCUCUGCUGAGGCCUGGGGACAGCACGACUGCGGGCACAAGGAGGACGCAGGAGUCGUCUGCUCAGAAUUCGUGGCCCUGAGGCUGGAGAACAGCGAUGGCUGCUCCGGGCGCCUGCAGGUUUUCUACAACGGGACGUGGGGGAGCGUCGGCUCCAACUCGAUGACUCCCUACACGGCGCCACUGGUGUGCAAGGAGCUGGGCUGCGGGGACGGAGGGGUCCUGGAAAGCAACAACCGCUACCGCAGGGUGAAUGGCACCGCGUGGCUGGACCACGUGCAGUGUGGGGAGAACAACAGCUCCAUCUGGCAGUGUCCCUCCGGUCCCUGGCAGCUGCAGUCCUAUGACGAUGUGCGAGACGAGGCCAGCAUCACCUGCAAUGGGAGAAAGCCGGAAAGGAGGCCGGGAGCCGCGUGCCCCAAUUCCACGAGCUGCACAGACAGGGAGAAGAUCCGCGCUGUGGGAGGCAAGGACGGGUGCUCGGGCAGAGUGGAGGUUUGGCACCGCGGCUCCUGGGGAACCGUGUGCGACGACUCGUGGGACGUGCAGGAUGCCGAGGUGGCGUGCAGGCAGCUGGGCUGCGGCCCUGCGCUGUCCGCCCUGGCCGAGGCUGCGUUUGGGGAGGGGACAGGACCCAUCUGGCUGGAGCAGGUGGAGUGCAGGGGCAUGGAGCCAUCUCUGCAGGACUGCUGGGCCCGCACUGCGGGUGGCGGCGCCUGCCGGCAUAAGGAAGAUGCAGCGGUGAACUGCUCGGCUGCACCCAGGAUGACAGCAUCCCCCCCACAAAGAGACCCCAUGCUGGGCUACGCGACCGUCAGCAGGAGAGUCUCGGUGCCUGUCAUCAUCUGCAUCGUCCUGGGGCUCCUUGUUGGCCUCCUCCUGGCCCUCCUGGCAAGGCAGAUGCAAAGUGCCAGAGCUCGGCACAGAGACUCCAGGAGUUCUGGGGAGCCCUUCUCUGAAGCCGUGUACGAGGAGAUUGAGUACAGCCCAGUGAGGGAGAAGAAAAUGAGGUACAGUUUCUCAGACAUCCCUGUUCUGCCCGGCGAUUCCCCGGUGGAGGGCUAUGAUGAUGCCAGGGAGGUUUCUGAGCCUGGAGAGCCUCCUGUGCCAGGGCAGGGAGACUGGCCAGUGCCUCGGGGACAGGAGGAGGCAGAGGGACCCAGGGAUGCUGCCAGAGGAGAGAGUCUGCGCUCCUGGAGAAGUGCCGGGGCCCCCGAAGUGGAUGGAGACACCUCACCUCUGUCCCGUGGGAGCACGGGCUACGACGACGCUGACGAGACGUCUCUGCCAUAACCCCAUUGCACACACAGGCUGCGACAGCAGAGCUCUGGGAUGUGAGCUCUGGGACAAGAGACUCUGUCCCUGCCAUGAAGUUGGCUGUAGGCACAAAGGAGAGGUCGGUGCCGCUGGGAGAGCCGUGAGCGCCAGGAGCUCUUUUCACAGGGGCGUCAGAAACAGCCAUGCAGUUCCUCCAAGUUUUAUUGCUCUGCUUUUAUGCUGCGCAUCGAUAUUGGUUCCUAUUAAACCCCUGUGAGAGCUCUGACCCAGA